CAGAAGGACGCUGGUGGUUUCUGACACUCGGUGCUGGGGGUGAAAGCUUAUUCACUCCACUGCCUUGUUUCUUUUACCACGUUGCCGUCAAACCGCUGUGGCUUCCACCUCAACCACAACUAACUCCGUCGGUAUGGCCAUCACUGAUGUUCUCGCUGUCUCGGACAUUACCUCAGCGAUUAACGCGUGUAAAGCAAAGGAUUCCUUUAACCCAAAGAUGUUUUUCAAAGUCGUGGGUUUAUCAAAAAAGACUCCAACCGAGAUAGAGAAGGUCUUUAACAUCUUGGACCAGGACAAAAGUGGCUUCAUAGAGCAGGAUGAGUUACAACUCUUCUUGCAGAACUUCUCCAAAGGAGCCAGGACGUUGACUGCUGCUGAGACCAGAGGCUUCCUGCUAGAAGGCGACUCUGACGGUGAUGGCAAGAUUGGAUGGGAAGAGUUUUCCGCACUGGUCAAGUCUUCAUAAGAGCAGCCUGACUUGAUGUCUCUAUGAUUUAUUGUAUGGUAAUAAUCUCAGGGUGGAUGUUCUAAAUUAGCCACAGACACAAGAGCUUGAGUAGAAAAACAUUCCAAGUGUUUAAAUGAAUCUUAACUGUAAUGUUAUUCCUCAUACUGGUUCUAUAAAUAAAGACACACACCCUAAAA